AUGCCGUCCACCUUCGACAUUGCCAAUGCGCGCUCCAAGUUCCCGGCUCUGAGCCAGAAGCAGGUCUUCUUCGACAAUGCCGGCGGCAGUCAGGCCCUGGCCGAUGUCAUCAAAUCCGUCUCCGACUAUCUUUCUACCAACAACGUCCAGCUCGGUGCUUCCUACCCCGUCGGCACUGCAUCCACCAAGCAUUUUAGCGACGGCCUCGUGGCGGGAGCUCAAUAUAUCAACGCCGAGAAUGACGAAGUUGUGAUUGGCGCCUCCACUACUCAGCUUUUCCGCAACCUCUCCAUCGCCCUCAACUUCUCCCCGGGCGACGAGCUGGUCGUCUCAAACUUGGACCAUGAAGCAAACAUUGCUUCCUGGGUCGCCAUCGCCGCACAAAAGAACCUCACCCUCAAAUGGUGGACCGUCCCGCACACCAACAACCCAAAGCUCACCCCGGAGUCGCUCAAGCCACUGCUUUCCCCCAAGACGAAGUUAGUGACCUGCACCCACGCGUCCAACAUCCUCGGCACCAUCCACGACAUCCGCUCCCUCGCCGACACCGUCCACACCAUUCCAGGCGCCCUCUUCUGCGUCGAUGGCGUAGCCUACGCUCCCCACCGCCGCAUCGACGUCAAAGCCCUCGGCGUCGACUUCUACAGUUUCUCCUGGUACAAGGUCUACGGCCCCCACAUCAGCAUGCUCUUCGGGUCCCGCAGCGCCCAGUCCUCCCUCACCCCCCUCUCGCACUACUUCAACCCGACCACCACCCUCACCGACAAGCUCGGCCUCGCCGCCUCCAACUACGAGCUAACCCAAACCCUGCCCCUGAUCCUCGACUACCUCGGCGGCCCGGACCCCACCGCCGCCGCCGCCGCCUCAUCCGCCAUCGCCGCGCACGAGCGGGCCCUCCAGGCCAUCCUGCUCGACUACCUCGCCUCCAAGGGCGACUCCAUCACCAUCUACGGCGAGCGCGACCCGGACCCGUCCAAGCGCGUGCCCACCGUCAGCUUCGGCGUCAGGGGGAAAAGCGCGCGCGAGGUCGUCGAGGCCGUCGAGGCCGUGUCCGACUACGGCUUCCGCUGGGGCCACUUCUACAGCAAGCGCCUCUGCGACGACGUGCUCAAGCUGGGGCCCGAGGGCGUGGUGAGGGUGAGCAUGGUGCAUUACAACACCGAGGACGAGAUCAAGGGGUUCGUCGAGACGUUUGAUAAGGUCAUUUUCGGAUCGAAGGCAUGA